UUUGUUCCUUAACCAGGUACCUAAAGCUGCUGUGACUCCGCCCCAAGGCUGAGCUGCUGAAAUCUGCCUCACUCCUCGCCUUCUUACCCGCCUUGGUAAAUCGUAAAACACCACAACUAAGAUAUGACCAGUUCCAUGGGACAGGGUGGCUGAGCCUCUAGUAGCCGCAAUCGGCGUUUCUCGUCACACUACCGUGUCAGUUCUUUUGGAAUCUAUCAUGUUGCCGCCGAAACUCAUUAUAUCAAAAACGAGGUAGGCAUGGAGAAGCAGCCCUCGUGCACAGGCUAGGCAGACAAGGCAGAGUAUAAGGCUACAUCGAAGUUACCACAACGGUUCAAUGUCAGUCAUGAUGCGGGCAUCAUGGGGAUAUAUAAUGUAAGGAGGAUAAGUCAAUUUGGGGAUGUGGAUAUUAGUUCGAAAUAACAAAGAAGGAAACCCAGUCAACACCAAGCAAAGACGGUCAUUCUUCAAUUGCUACGCCUUCCAACUACUCCAUAUUUGAGUUAGACAUGGUCUUAGGCCUAUAGCCCCAAAGCAAUCACCCGAAGAAACAAACAAAUCAGUUUAACCGAAUCGACAGAGUUUCUGACUACUCAUGCGGCUUGUCGAAGUAUAACUAUAUCUUAGCUGGGAAACAAUCAACAGAGUUUAUAAAUAUGCCAUAUAUCCUCAACACUCCUUCCUGCGCGACUCCUUUAGGAUUCGGUGCCACUUCGCAGUCACCUUCUGCAUCAUCCUUUUCAUCAUCGCCUUCGUCCUACUCAUCAAAUUUCUCACCGUUUAAAACCCCUAGUUGCACCGGUCAAUGCCGCUACACCGAAUGCACUCAUCAACUUCGAUAUCAACAACAGCAGAGUUUCAGAAAUACAAUGGGGAAUAAUCCGUUCGAUAACGACUUAUCUGCUCGGACGUCUCAACUCCAUCUAAGUCCAGAGGAUCAAACAAGGGGGUCCUCUACACGAAGUAGCCGUUCACCUUCCGGCUUCUCGCUCCGCAGAACUCUUAGUGGACGGAGCCGUGACGGCGAGACUGGCGGCGAACGUCACAGCCGAGCCUCGAUUAUCAGUAGCAUGUUUUCCGGGCGCUCGCAACGGCCCGAGAGCCCACCCCCGCCCUAUUCGCCCAGAGCUUCUGGGCCAGCUCCUGUGCGGGAACCAGCCCUUCCUCCCGUUCCCCCCUCGGUACCCCCGAAAAACGCCUCGGUAGCGGACGACCAGUAUGCAUUUCUGAAAGAGUUUAACACCAUCUUUUUGAUUGACGACUCGUUGUCCAUGAAAGCCGAGCAGCGGUGGAGCGAGACCCAAGCGGCUGUUGCUGCUAUCCUGCCUAUCUGCACUGAGCACGAUGAGGACGGUGUAGAUGUGUACUUCCUCAACCACCGAACCAACGACAAGGGUGACCCCUCGCGAGGCGCUGUCGGCACUGGCUACCGCGGUGUGCGUGACGCACGCACUAUCCAGAACCUCUUUAACCGAGUUGUUCGGCCGUCCCUAGCUACGCCAACGGGAUUACGCCUAGACCACAUCCUCCGCGCGUAUCUAUCACACUACGAAACCGUAGUCCGUAAGUCGGGUGGUGACGUAUACGCCGCGCGACCAAUCAACAUCAUCGUAAUCACCGACGGCCAGCCCACGGAUGAGCCCAGCGAGAUCAUAACCGCGGCAGCUAGAAGACUCGAUGCGAUGCGCGCCCCACCCCACCAAAUCGGCGUGCAAUUCUUCCAAGUCGGUCGAGACCCAGGCGCCACGCAAUCCCUUCGAGAACUCGACGAUGAGCUGUGCCACCGAGAAGGCAUACGGGAUAUGGUCGAUACUGCGACGUUUAAUGGUGCGACGAAGGCCGAUCAGCCCACGCUCACGGCGGAUGGAAUCUUGAAGGUGGUGCUUGGCGCUGUCAAGAGAAAGUUGGAUCGUAAGGUCCUGGUUAGAGUUGAUGGACCCUCUCGUUAUAACUGAUUUUUUUUAUGCUUAUGGAUGGGGAUACGCGAAAAGAAUAGGGAAUACACAUUAGACUGGGGCGGCUUACUUGAUAUUUAAACGAAAAGAAACGGAAAGGUUAAGGAUUCGGUCGGUCGCGAAUUCCAUUCAAUGAUACCCAUCGGCUUCGUUGGCGUUUGGCGGAUGGCGGAUGGGUAUCAAGAAAUUUUAUGGAGAGAUCAUACUCUACACUUGUAUUAUUAGUUUCCUCCCCUCAUUUCAUAUUUGGGUCAGCACAGUCAGCGAUACCUACAGAGAUUGAGUAAAUCCGGGGGUUAGAGAAAAGUAGUGUCACACUACAUCUAGCAAAUUAGCAAAAAUAGUAGCGGGUCUCGGGCCUGAAAUUAACAAUACCUUCUUUACAAA